AUCCGUAUUCGACGGAGCUCUCGAAGUUGGAUCUCGUUCGCCACUCCUUCCUAUCGUCCCAUAUGGACCUGUUUUUGUUUCUGACACUAGGAUAUGCAUCACGCUCUUCGCGAUCGACUUGGAUCGGCUCCAAGGCUUCUGGAGUGUUCUCUAGUGUUGACGGUAUCCCGAGCCGAAUGGCGUACCGACUAUGGACACCGAGACGUUCACUGGCCGCGUCGACAGGUCGUGAGGCAUUGCAAUGAGUGCAGCUCCGCACCUCCGGAUAGGUCUGGUAAUGAACGGUAUGAUAGGAGAUGAUGACAUUGGAUCUACAGGGCUAUGCCUCGGAGCUCCUGACAUAACAGCCAUGCUAUCCGUACCCAAAGCGAUUCAAAGCGUAAGCAAAGC